UUUUCCCCCCUUCCAGUCCGGACACUUUCUCCCCCCUUCCAGUCCGGACACUUUUUCUCCCCCCUUCCAGUCCGGACACUUUUCUCCCCCCUUCCAGUCCGGACACUUUUCUCCCCCUUCCAGUCCGGACACUUUUUCCCCCCUUCCAGUCCGGACACUUUUCUCCCCCCUUCCAGUCCGGACACUUUCCCCCCCUUCCAGUCCGGACACUUUUCCCCCCCCCUUCCAGUCCGGACACUUUCACCCCCCUUCCAGUCCGGACACUUUCCCCCCCUUCCAUCCGGACACUUUCACCCCCUUCCAGUCCGGACACUUUCCCCCCUUCCAGUCCGGACACUUUCUCCCCCCCUUCCAGUCCGGACACUUUCCCCC